UUAAGAGGAGCUUUAGCAGCCUGUCGUGUUUGUGUUGAAGCCAACAGGCACAAUAUAUUACAGUCUAGGGCUUGCUGCUGAAAAGCCCGCUGGAUCCUCCACUGACCUGCUGUUCUUUCCUGCUUUCCUCUUGCAUUUUUCCCCACAUUUAGAUUAAAAACAAAGCUCUCUCUCUCUCUCUCUCUCUCUCUCUCUCUCCUCUCUCUCUCUCUCUCUCUCUCUCUCUCUCUCUCUCUCCCCCUCCCUCCUUCUUUUUCUUCUUCUCUUCCUUCUUCUUUUCUGCGGCAGCAGUCAAGGCAGAGGCUUCAGUGUGUCAGAGAGAGGGUGAAGAGGAGGAAAAAGCAGAGAAGAAGACUAUUUGGACGGAGCUGAGUGUGUUUAUGUUUGUUUGCCUCACCAUUGGUCGGCCGGGUGAAGGGGCACGGGGAGAAGAGUGAGAGGAGGAGGAGGAGGAGGAGGAGGAGGAGAGGGAAGCCUGCCUACAUGAAAUUCUCGGUGUCAUGUCACUACGUGUGGACCUUGACUGAUCACAGGGUGAGGAAAAGGGAGAGAGACACUGAGAGGAAGACGAGGAGGUGGAGAAACUGAGACUUUUGGUUUCAACGGGGAAAAGAAGAAGAAGCAGCAGCAGGAGGAGGAGGAGGAGGAGGAGGGAGGAAAGUCUGCCGCUCCGUGUUAUCAUGACAUUGUUGGAUAAACGAACCGACGGAUUGAUCGCUCUUCAGUUGUGUGUUAACAGGGAUUCGUCUUAGAAGAGAGAAGCAGAGCCUGGAAGAAAGACGACUCUGGAAGUAGACUGCUGUGUUUAACCCAGCUAAGGAGCAGGGACUGGACUUACAGAGAGAGUGUGUGGUGUGUGUGUUUGUGUGGCUGUGUAACCGGUGGAGGGCAGAGGAGUGGAGGGCCAGGGGACUAACCUGGCCAUCAAACGGACUGGCAGCCUCUCCUCUCCUGGGAUCAUGUACCCUCAGGGCAGGCAUCCGGUCCCCUUACAACCCGGCCAGUCUUUCAAGUUCACAGUCCUGGAGACCCUGGACCGUAUCAAGGAGGAAUUCCAGUUCCUCCAGGCGCAGUAUCACAGCCUGAAGCUGGAGUGUGAGAAGCUGGCGAGUGAGAAGACUGAGAUGCAGAGGCACUACAUCAUGUACUACGAGAUGUCCUACGGUCUCAACAUCGAGAUGCACAAACAGGCGGAGAUCGUGAAGCGUCUCAGUGCCAUCUGCGCUCAGAUCAUCCCUUUCCUCUCUCAAGAGCACCAGCAACAGGUGGUCCAAGCAGUGGAGAGGGCCAAGCAGGUCACCAUGGCUGAACUCAACGCCAUCAUCGGGCAGCAGCAGCUCCAGCACCUGUCUCACCAUGCCCCUGGCAUCCCUCUGACGCCCCACCCAUCAGGCCUGUCCCUGGGGGCGGGGGGCUCAGGGCUCCUUGCUCUGACCGGGGCCCUGGGGGUCUCGGCCCACCUCGCCUCCAAAGAUGAGCGCAACCACCUCGAUCCUGAACAUCUCAGAGAGGGAGCACCCAGCAGGGUGAGUAGCCGUGUAUGUGUGUACAGCUAA